AUGGCACCGUCUGCUCGGAUUAAACUCUACCUCCAGCACCCUCUUACUCGCCUCCUUGCAGCUCGGAUCUUGAGCUCCUUCCUAAGCGGGCCUGCACCCUCAACGUCCCCCGCCUGCUUCUCUCUUGCCGCCAUCGCCCCGGAAAGCAUAUGCGAUACCGAUCGCUCCUUCCCCUUUAGAAUGCCCCCAAUGGCUAUGGCAUCAUUAUAUACUUUGUCGCCAAACUGUCUCUUACCCGUGGGCGAUGUGAUUCCCCUCCUUCCUCCUCCCCCCGCCCCCAAGCAAUGUUUUGGCUUUCGCUUCCCGGGCUCGCCUCGUGCGCUUGAUUAUCCUCCGCGGUAUUACCCAUCACUACCGUUGGUUCGCUUGGAUCUUUCAGGCAUCAGAAACCUUCGAGUAGUCCCGGCAAGGAGAAACAGGAAGCGCUCCUCCCCCAAAUACAUUCAGCUGCUUUCGACGCUCGACUCUCUCGACGGGAUGCCUCGGCCACAUGAUCGCACGCUUGGGCAUCAGUCAGGGGGAUUGACUGACGAAUCAACCCUAUACGUCUUUUCCCUUCAAGGGGCCGUAAUGGCUGCGGGCGACUAUGCGGACUUCAUGGAGACCAAUUUUGCGGAUCAUCCUAUGCCCGAGGACGGAGAUACGGCAGGCGCUCCCAUAUGUAUAGAUGUCGACGACAAUGGGGCCAAUACGAAUUCGUCCAUCGGGAGCCUGCCAUUGGUUCCACCCAUCAUUCACCAUGCACACUCUGAACCACCUGACCUGGAAGAUGUCCCCGAUCUCAUCCCCGACACUCCCGUCCACGAGCCAAUCCAGGAAGUUAUGCAACGAAUUGAACAGCCAAACCAACGUCAAUUUGAUCCGCUUGAUCUGGAGAUUAUCCCUGACCCCAUACCUGAACUUCCGGUUCACGAGCCAAUCGAAGAUCUUGUACAGCAGCUCGAGGAACGGCAUCAAGCGCAAUUUAAUACAGUUGACCUGGACAAUGACUUUGAUCUCCUUUUCGGUAAUCAGGUCAUCGACCCGAUGGAGGAUGCUAUGGAGCAAAUUGAGCAGGUCCAGCAUGCACACCCCGAGCCGAUGGACCUGGAAAAUGCUCCCAAUCUUUUACUCUUCGAGCAGACGACGACCAAAGAGGGAAUUCCGGAAGUUGUGCAGCAACACGAUGAACAUCCGCAAGCCAUCGUUCUGUGCGAUGAAACACAAUCUGUUAAUCGUGUGGACGUCAAUCCCCUAGUCCAGGACAGUCCGAUGAACGAUUCCUGGGUCGUGGAUCGCAGAGAAAUAUCAACGCAGGAAAUGCAUAAUCCAAAUCGUCUGAGUCCCAUCGCAGAAGAACCGUCCACUCCUGUAAAGAAACCACCAUAUACUCCUCCACCAAAGGCUGGCCUACAACCAGGAGCAAGACAGCUAUUCACCCCUCCAUCUACAUCACCCGACACUCCUCCAUGGAACACCUUUCGACGAAGAAGAGAAUUCCAGCGGAGGCAGUCACACCUGGCCUCCUCAUCUAGCAUCGAUGGCCCGCCUCCUAAGAAGUACAAAAGCAAUCUCACCGCAUCGCUCAAAUGCUUUACCAAUGAAAGACGUCAGGGGGAUCCGGGCGCCUUUACUGGCACGUGGUACGAAAAUGCGGAGAAAACUCCCACCAAGCGCAUGAGUUAUGUUAAACUUCUGCAGGAGGAAGAGAAUGCCGCCAGUUCCCGCUAA